AUGGACGGACGCACGCGCGCGCGCAAGCACGCACAAUUCGUCACUCGGCGUCUGACUCGUUUGGCGUCACACGAGGGGAGGAUUUCACAGACUUGUCUUCUGGUCUCCCCCACGCUGCUGCUGCAGAGCAAAGAUCUCAGUCACGAUGCGACACGUUGCGUGACAUUUGGCGUGUUUUUCUCUAUCCAACACGAGAUGUCAAAGAAGAAAAGCAUGGACGUCUGUCUGCGUAGACUGAAGCAGGAGCUGAUGUCCAUGAAGGAAGCAGGAGAUGGCCUCCAUGCUCAGAUGAAUUCCAUGAUGGGUGCGCUCCAAGAACUCAAAUUACUUCAGGUCCAGACCGCUCUAGACAACCUCAACCUGUCAGCUCGAGGACGGAGACAUCUGCAGGAUAUGACAAUUUCCAACACAACAUUCAGGAGUGCUUCAGAAGCGGAUCCCAGGUUGCGCUUGUCCAACGGCCCCAGCACAAGUCCGGAGCUGUCUGUGGAGUUGUCACAAAGCAGAUACAGCGAAGGGACAAUGUCCAUGUCCAGUCUGGAAAUGGAGAGAAGCGAGGAAGGAGACCUCGAGGUUGUACCACGCAGGUGGUCGGGUUAUGCAGCACCGCAGGUGGAUUUCUGUGGACCCACGGUGGGGAACCCUCCACCCGAGCCCUACAUGCAGCCUCCCAAAUGCAACCAGCCAGUGGAUCUGCCAGGCAUCCUUUACAGCCUGUCCAGAGAAGGUCCGUCCAUGGACAAUGACUACUCCCAGGACAGCACAGACGACGCAGACGACUGGACUUCGUCCCUCAUGAACCAAAGCCGCAAUCGCCAACCCUUAGUGCUUGGUGACAAUGUCUUCGCCGACCUCGUUGGCAAUUGGCUGGACUUGCCAGAGAUAGAACCGGAAGGAGUAGGGGAGGAAGAAGAGAAGACCGAAACAACGGUGGCAGAAGGGGGUGGCAACAGACCGGACACCCCAGCUCACCCGCUACACCUGAGCCGAUCACAGGAGAUCUGCAGGAAGUUCUCGCUCACGACAAACAUCUUCAAGAAGUUCCUCCGAGGCGUCCGUCCCGACCGGGACAAGCUGCUGAAGGAGAGGCCUGGCUGGAUGGCACCAGAGAUCGCUGAGGGCGACCUGGUCAAGAGGCCUAAAAAAUCGGUUCUAAAGAGUUCAAAAGGCAGCUUCUACCUGCCUUUCUGGGCCAGUGGACAGCAGAAUAAAGGGCAGUCGGAAACGCAUCCAAGUAGCCAAAACUACUUCCGACAGUACCAUGAGAAGCCGUUUGCAGGAAUUUACUUGGACCGGAGACCACCAGAAGGUAGACUGCGGAAAAUGCAUCCCUUGUUUGACUACAACACAGCUGUAUGGGUCUGAUGGCUGGCAUAGAGACGGGCUCCACAUUGUAUCGACAGCAGGUGCAGACUGAAUGAAUGACUGUUAUCCAAAACAGGAACGUCACACCCACAAGUCUGGUGAACAGCUUUUGUCUGACAAUAUGAAAACACUUAAUGUCUUUUGUACAUUUUUCAUGUUUUCAUUGACUUCUGGAUGUCUGACUGGAUCCGACUAUCCCAGAAGAUGGUACCUUCAAGAGUUUUACCAGACACUACACUCUUGGGUUGCAUGGGUUUGUGUUUGCAGUGACAUCGCUAUAUGCUCAUUCAAACAUUCUUUCAGUUUCCAAAAUAGUUGUGAAACUCAUGCUGUUUUUCUUACAAAUUAAAACAGUUUCAAGGUGUUUUACAAACAUGUUAACCUGUUUUUUUGUCUUGUCUCAUGCAAGUCAGCCACAGUAUAUCCCACCCCAUAUACUACUGGGCCGAUGGCAUAUCUUGCUAAAGGAUGUUACUAGAGGAUGGGGGGAGGGGGAGCAAGUGAGCUGCUAUAAUGACAACAAAAGCUUUUUCACCUUUGGAAGCAGCACUUCAUACACAACACUGUGUCUCUGACUUUUGGACACGCUACCAAACAUUAAAACCUCUCCAUCAACACUGCAAGCGCAAAAUCCCAGCGAGCAAUCAAGGACCAUGUGGCACCUAUCAGAAGUUAACCUUAUUCUUUGCAUCCAACAUAACUCCAUGCUGCCUACCGUUUGUCUUUGGUGUGAUAACACACCGGUUGAGGAUGUGGGUAUUCCUACAUGAUAGUGCCACCACAUGAUCGUGUUUCAGACGACCUUCGUUUGAAAGUGGCUGCGGACCUUUGCGCACGUCACGGGCGGAGAAAAUCUCACACAUAUUUUCAAAAAAGGGAUGAUAAUCAAAUAGUUCCUUGGUUCAAUGUCAUCAGUGAUUGGUGGGCAGGCUCUUAAGAGCCCAAAUAUAUAUAAUCAAGCUAUUAAAAAGUCCAAGUAAGUUAACCAACAUGUCCGUGCCCCGUAAAGCAACAGUCUUUCAUUCAAAGGAUGAAAACUACAGACUAACCGUCUUUGAAACCAACAACCAACGGUGAUUGGUUCACCAUGCAAAUAAGGAAGAGCCGAAACUGUUCAGAAAUAGCCACUGCUGAAGUGAUGAAGGCCAGAUGUGUCACGAUGACGCCUAAUUUUCUGUGGCGCUCAUUAGGGUCGCAGGUACAUGGAGCCGAUCCCAACUGACAUUGGGCUAAGAGCUAAUUAUGGGUUACCCACCAAUCGCAGGGCACAUCGAGUAUCGACAAACAACAAUUCACAAUUCACAUGCACGUUCGCUUUUUUUAAUUUUUUUUUUUUUAAUGAGUCACCUUGGUGGACUUGUCGUCCAUGUCUGAUAAAACUGCCGCAAUAGCUAAAACCCACAACAUUUGACUGUUUUACAAUACGUUGUGCUCAAGUAUAUUUGUUGAACAUUACACAUUUUUGGGGUUGGGUUACAUCAGCCGACAAAUUAACCAGUCGGACCCUAGUUCACGUGUGCCCCAACGUCCCAACUUUUGAGUUGCAAUCUGUUGCAUCGUUGAUUUUUGUUUUUGUGUUGGUACGGGGAAAUAAUCCAAAACAAAUCAGAAAUGUGAAUUCGAGAGUAGCUCAUGAAAGAAACACAACCCACAGCCAGACGUUUCUCGCUGAACUAACCUGCUGUAGCUCAUGACAUUACUCACGAGGUCACUCACUGCCCAUAAAGCCAACUCACAAAUACUACAGUAUGUGCAGUAAUUACAUUUGAUGUAACCACUUCUGUAAAUUCUCUUUCACUAUGCUUUGUUAAAAAAAAAUAAUAA